GAUAGUACUUUCUCUACCACUUCAGAGGACAUUGAUAUGCUGUACAAUCCAGACAGCAUGAUAAACCUGCCUGCCACGGUUGGAAUUUCAAGGCCUGCGGCAGAAUGUAGCAUGUCAUCAUCUACAUCAACUAUCUUAUUGCCACCCACCAACAACGUCACUGCUGCAGCCACUGAAGAAAGCGAUGACCAAACACCCACUGUUGAGGAGCACCAUCAGACUUACAAUUCUACCUACAGCAACUACUGUACGCUCCUAUCGCAAGACGACGUCAUAAUAUCAUCGGAUUCCGAGCUAGACAAUGAUGACACCAUCAAUCUCAUGACAGCUAUAGAAAAUAGCCUGCAACAGCAUGUUUAUUUAUGGUGCUGGACAUGACCUCAACCACGACCGUAAAAAAAGUACAAUCAUAGGUUUCAGGCCUUCUUGCAUGUGUGGA